AUGGAGUACCUUGAUGUUAUUCUGGGUCUCUACAAUCGUACAACUGCCGUUGUGUCGUUCCUGGUUGCAGGCAACUGUUCGUUCAACCGCAAGAUGUCGCGAGACAUGAUGGUACCUUUGGUGGGUUGUGCCAGCCAUCGCCUCAACUUAGCCGUUCGAAAGAUGGUAUCUACGCACUUUGACGACGUCAUUCAAAAGGUUCAGACCUUGAUGGUGGCGCUGACCAACCUGAACAACUCCGUGGCAUUUCGGCGCUUGACAGCUCCACGGGUGCUACUACCGAAGCUGCAAAAUGUGACUCGUUGGUCCUCAACGUAUUCCAUGCUGGAGCUCUAUUUUCUGCUGCUUCCCUAUCUUGCGAAAAUGCCUUUGUUGUCCAGCGAUUGGCGCCAACUAAGGCUAACAUCAUUCGACUCGAAGAAGCUGUUGAAGCAAUGA